AGCCACACCAUUCCGCCCUUCCUGUCUCUUUUUAAAUUUUCAGACGUUCUAAAACUUUUGAAUCGAGCCUGUGAUUCCGAUUACGGCGGGACCAAAUGAACCUAAGGUAAGACAAGAAGUUGAACUGCUCACUAAACAAUGAAAUCAUCGAUAUUAAAAUAUCAUCCAUCAUCUUCCUCGUAACCAUCCAACUCAUUAUGGAUCCAUCAUCAAACCUAGAGAGUAGACUGAUAUUGUAUCUUUUCUUCUCUCUUGCAGCUGAUGAUAUGAAUUGAUGGUCUCACAUUUUUUCAGUUCCUAAUUUGAAAAUAUCAUAGAUCUGGCACUCAUCAUAGCAACAGUAUCGACCACCACAAUGUCGUCGAAACUGGGGAGAAAAGGUAGGCUCAGUCAGCGCUUACUUGAUAGUUGCGGAAAGAAAUGAUAGUCGUCGCAGCUUUGUGACUACUACGUACUAAACAUACCUAUUUCCCUCUCCGAAAUAAUUUCAGGUGAUCCUAGAAUGCACAGGGCAGUUGCUGCUAGAAUGGCGAACCCAAACUUGUCUCUUUACGAAGCUCUGUGCAUAGGAGGAUUCGAUUACUCCGAGAACGAUGAUAAAUCGGUUCUUGACUCGAAACAGGUAACUCUUGGCCAAAGGAAAAAUCAAUUGUCGAGGCGUCUGAGACUGGCCCGUAAGUCAAAUUCCGGAGGAGGUAAGAAUCCUCCCCGUAGUCCUUCUGCCGUUGGAAAUAAUGGGGGAGCAACGAGCACCAGUACGACCGAAAAUCGCAACAUAACAAACAUAGUCUCGUCGAAAGAACCACAACCUCGGGAAAAUAAUGCAUUCAGCAAGGCGAAGGACCACCACUCCACCAUCUACAGACAGAAAGUUGACUUCAAGAAUGAAUUGGCUACAGGAAGCUUUAAUGGCAACAAUAAAAGUAUAGGUAUCGGUGAUGCUGUUGGAGAUCAUCAAGCGAAACGGACGCGUUUCACUUGCCCGCCGGCUCCUGUCACACAACCAAAGCUCAAUUGGAAUCAUUCGUUGCAUCAAGGUUGGAUGUAUGUUACUGACCCCUACAUGAACUCACAGGUCACAACCAGUCAAUCUGUAUCACAGUACCAACCAGGAGCUUCGGCGGUCGCAUUAUCGUCGUUAACAUCAACAGCACAGGCAGUGGGACUAACACUCGAGCAGCUCGCGUUGACACUAAGCUCGAACACCACUAGCCUUACCAAAUUAGUAGCAGAAGCUAGAAGUGGUGAAUCCGAAACCAAACAAGAGCUGAUGGCGCUCAAUCUCUAUCAAAAUGACAUUAAGCCACUCUACACAAAAUGUUUGCUAGUUGCCGGAGUCGAUGCCAGUCUGGCCGAACAAAACACGCCAACCUACGUCAAAUUUGCUACCAAGGCCUGGGAAUUUGAGGGGGAAAGACUUCAGACUUUGCGAAAUGCCAUGAACAUCGGAAAAGAAACGAAGCACACAGUAGCAUUUGCUGAGUCCAGUUUCCAGCAAAAUUACACGAAAUCUUCAAGUCGAACACCAACCACAACCAAUAGCAAAGCAAACAAAGACAAUAGCAACAACGACAACAAUACCAUUACAAGUUCAGAUUGGAAUAGCACCAACCGAAUUGAAUGUAACCAAGACAACUGUCAAGCCGACAAAGAACAUAAUCAACACAGUCACGAACACGAACACAGCCAUACUACAACGAAGAAUGCGAAUAAUGAUUCGGACAGACACGAUAGCUCGGAAUGCGAAUCUCGUCAUUUUCAUCGAGUUGGGGAGUGUGGACACAAAGCAGUUAUCCACAAACCCAAGGAUGGUCCUCCACACAUAGAUUUUAUCGUUAAUGACCAGAUUGAGUGUUACCAAGGGCAAGACUCAAUGUCGUUGGCAGGAACUUCGUUAGCGGGUCGGAGUGAGAAAAGUCUUGACUCUUACUGGCCCAGCAAGCUCAAAUGCAAGGAGGUUGACGAAGCCGGCCCCAAAUCAUGUGCAAAAAGCGUCGGUGCUCAAUUCGACAGUAACUGGGGACACUUAGAGCCCCUUGUACAAGAACCGAAAACAUUUAAGCUGUCAGAGAUUAGUGCACAAGACCCAGAAUGGACAUUCGAUGCAACUGAUGGUGCUGGUAUAGAUAAUGUUGCAAUGGGACUCUUUGAAUUAGGCAGGGAGGUUUCUUCUGACGUUGCUAACUGCUAGGGCAGACAAGCCGCUCGUAAAGCUAAAUGUACAUGUAUAUAUAGAGAGAUUAUA